AUGAGCAGGACAAUUAUUUUCUGCAUGUUUUUCUUCUGCUCCACUAUGGUGCUGACUGCAGAUGCUGACUGCAGGAGAUCCAGAACAGUAACAUACAGACAGAUUCACCAGAAAAUUAAACAGUUAGAAACUAUGGUGAAAGAUAAGGAUGCUGAAUUGCUGCAUACACCAGAAAACCCUGUGGAGGCAUGUCUGUACACAGCUGUGACCUGCUUCAAGAAGGGCAUCCAGAAACUACAACCAGCGAGCAGCCAAGACAAUGCAAAGUUCACCAAAGCCAUUAGAAUUGUGAGCAAAUUGACCUGCAGAGAUGCUGGAGAGCAGUGUGAAUAUACAUGUGAAUCUUAUGAGAAGAAAACCCCCAAAGAAUUUUUGAAGAGCUUUGCAAAUCUAAUGCAGAUGCUAUUCAAGAACUAA